AUGGUGUACUGGCCAUUGCGUUUAUUUAUGUUGCAUUUGCUAACCCCUGACCCGGAAAAUUUCAACAUCCCCUUGGGGCUUGAUUUGUGUAUACACUUGAUGCCGGUAGUCUCGUUGCUUAUUGAUUACUUGGUGUUUAUGCCACGCUGGACUAUUAAGAGCAAUACUGUAUUGUUGUUGAUUACUGCGCUUUCUACUGGCUACUGGUGUUUGUUAAAGUAUUUAGUGGAUACUGAGAAUGGCGGGAGGUAUCCGUAUGCGUUUAUGGAUAUGGAAGAUGACGGGUUAAGGGCACUUGUGUUUGUAGCUGUUGGGUUGGUUGCGUUCUUACAGUUUCAUUUUAUGAGAAAUAUUUAUGACGUUGUUGUGAAGAAGACCGAAACAGUGGAUAUAGAAAUUGAUAGAAAGCUUAGAUAG